CAUCUGUGAACAUUGUGUAAAGUCUCUCGUUCUUCUCUCUAUCACUGAUUUUGGUAAAUUUUAUUGGGUCUGGCUCUGAGAAAUAAGGGAAGAUUGAAUCUUGCAAGUAAAGUUCUUGUCUUUCUAGAAAAAGAUCCAAACGAUAUUUAAUAUUAGGAUUUGAUCUCCAAAAAUCAAUAGUUUCUUCAUAUGAUUUGAUUGGAUUAUCAAGAUCGCUGAGUUCGAUAUACUUACUCUUUAUAAUAAGAGUAGUCUGAAACAUUGCAUACAUGUUCUCAAUCAUAGUGUUAUUUUGGCAAUGUAUACUAGCAUUCCUGUCAGAGCAGAUAUUUAAUCUUAUAAAGAUUCCUCCAUUAGUCUGAGUAGAGUUUGAGAAAUUAAUAACUUCCUGUCCUUUCAGAUUUAUGCACCAUUCCCUUAAAGUUUGGUUAGUUUUAGUGUUGAAGUUGUCGCCUCAUUCCUCAGUGGGUAUGAUAUCCCCGUUACUGUAGACAGUCAGAUCCAAGAGCGAAGCAGCAACUUCAUAGAUCAUCAGCAGACUAAGAGCAAUUAAGGUCACACAUCCUCCAGCAAAAUUGAGAGGCUUACUUUUAGAUCUUGUUUGGAAAGUGAUUGAUUUUUCAAAUCGAUUGAAUUUACUCAUCACUAAAGCUGAGCAUUCCCAGAUUUUAUAGA